AUGGCGAAAAUCAGCAUGCUCGACAUGGUCCGCAAGGACUCUAUGCUCAAAGCCAACAAAGUUGCUCGCAAGGUCUCUGACAAAGUCGAGACAGCAUGCAAGGACUCAGUGCUCGGAGCCAGCAUAGUUGCUCGCAAGGUCUCCGGCAAGGUCGAAACAUUUCGCGAGGCUUCGACGAUCACGACCACCAAAGCUGCGCGUAAGGUGUCUGACAAGGUCGACCAAGUUCUCAUCAAGGUUAGUCCAAAAGUCAACAAAGCCACCCGUGAGAUCUCCAACAAGGUCGACAAAGCUCUAAUAAAGGCCAAUCUGAAACAAGUCUUGCGCAUGGUCUCAAAGACGAGCAAUGUGCCGGCCAAUGCAGCUGCGCCCACCGAUCCCGUUGCUGCAAACGAGGACUUGAUUGAGACGCUCCGUCUUGCACCUCCAUCGUUCCUGGACAACGACAACGAGGACAACGGAGCUGGUAAUGACGAAGAAGAAGUCAACGUCACCUUCUUCCGCUCCGCGUCUGGCACCACACCGCCAUUCCAGCUCUCACUCUCAUCGUCAGGCUCACACAGUCGCGCUGUUUCAAACGCGUCGGCAGUCGAGACCGAGCUCCUCGAGCAGAUCGUUGGGCGGGACAAGCGCAUCAAAGAGCUCAGAUUUGUCAACGCUGCACAGCACGGAGAACUUCAGCAGCUGAAGAAAGUCAACAAGUCGUACGAAGGCCGUAAGCAGUUGGCAGAUGAUGAAGUCGCUGAGUGGAAGGAGAAAGCUGAGCUGCGAGCUGCUGAUCUAGCUGCUGCGAAAGCUGGUUUGGAGGAGGCUCGACUGAUUCGAGAAGGGCUUUCUGAGUUCGUAAUACGUGCUCAGAAUGAGCUUGCGGAAGCCAAAGAUGCGAAGAAUCAACUUGAGCAACUGCGGGCGGAGCAUGAGAUUCUGCGAAGCGAGCAUGAGAUUCUGCGAAGCGAGCAUCAGGAUACGUCCACGGCGGCGCAUUCUGCUAUGGAUGCUCUCGAGAAGCUCCAAGCAGAGCAUGAUGAUGUCCGACGUGAAAAGGAGGAAGUAUCCAGCAAGCUCAGCAGCAUCCGGACCAAGUACGAGAUGCUCAAGGAAGCAAACGAAGAACUCUACCAGAAGUCAGGCGAGGCCAACGACCACAUCGCCGUGCUGCACGAGGACAAAGUCGCUUCAAAUGCCCAGCUCACCGAAGCAAAAGCCGCCCACGAAAGCCUGCGCAAGGAGAAGGAGAAGCUGCAAGCAGAACAUAUCUCGUUGCAAUGCGACCAUGAAGAGGUAUGUGGCAAUCUCAGUGACACCACGAGCAAUCACGAAGUCCUCCAAAAGGAGACAGAAGGUCUUCGGCAGAAGUCGAGCGUGAUGCAAGACAGAAUUACCAAGCUGCACCAAGAAAAACACGCCCUGAACGCCGAGCUCGCGGAGACCAAAGCCGAUCAUGAGAGCCAAUGCGAAGUGGUCUCUAGUAAGCUCAGCGACAUCCUCAGCAGACAUGAAGCCCUCCAUAACGAGCUUCUGCAGAAGUCGCCCAAGGCGAACGAGAGCCUUGCCAAGCUGCGCGAAGAGAAGCGCGACUUGUCUACCCAGCUCACCGACAUCAAGAUUGUCCACGAAAGCCUGCGGAAGGAGAACGAGAAUGUUCUGCACAAGUCGCGUAAUGCGCAGGACAGCCUUAACAAGCUGUACGAAGAGAAACGCUACUUGACCCUGCAACUCGCCGAGCUCGAAACCAGCAAUGAGGACCUGCGCAAGGAGAACGAUGAGUCGAGGCUCAAGCUCGUCAUGUUUGACGUCAUCCAGAAACAAGCGGACAGUGCAUCCCAAUCGCUCGCUGGAGCAAUCAAGGAGAACGGUGCUCUGCAGAGAGAGAAGGCCGCAACAUCGCAACAUCUCGCGGCUGUCCAGCAGAAGGUCGAUAUCGUCAACGAGGCCUACGAAGAGCAACACAAGACUCUUUUGAAGGCACAGAGAGAGAUUGAGUCUCUCCAGGACGAGCAAGCGGAUCUCGCCGAACAUUUGAAGUCAGCUCAGCGCGAUUACGAUGUCCUCAUCAACCACAAGAUCCGUGCAUGGGCAGCUGAUCCGUCAGUCCCGACGCACUCGCACUUCAAGCCGGACGAAAUUCAGAACCUGAAGAGUACGCUCGCGCAGUCACAGCAGAUGCAUGCGACUGAAGUCGAGCGCCACAAAGUAACGUUCAACCGUGCUGAAGAACACGAAAAGCGCGUCAAGUACCUCGAAGCAGACAACCCGGUCCUCAAGAAGCGUGCCGAGCACCUGACCACCCUCGACGAAGCCCGACACAUUGUCGAAAAGCACCAGAAUGCAGUACACGCCUUCUUCGAAGCAUCUGCCCUGAUGGAGUCCGACUCCGAGAUGGCCAUCGCCAUCAACGACCUCAUCAAGCUUCUCACCACCGAAAAAGUGACCACGGAACAAAUGGCCACGGUGAUGUUCGACAACAACGAUCUCAACACCAAACUCGUCGACCUCCAACGCGUAUAUGAUCGAGACAUCGAGAACGGGUAUCAGGCUCAGGAGGAAAUGGACCAGAAGAUCAUCGAUCUCGAACACUCACGCGAGGCACGUGAGGCUAAAGCCGUGUGCGAUGCCUAUAACCAGCGAGAGGAGAAACUGCAGAAAGAGGUUGCGGAGCUGAGCGAGAUCAUCGAUGGUCUGCAAAGCCAACUAGAGGAGCAAGCAUUCGGCACACACGCCGAUUUCAUGCGGCAAGCCCACUCCGAUGAGGUGAAGACGCUGAAACACACUAUCGAGGUCACCGAGGAGGCGUACCAUGAUCUGCAAUGGGAGAAUGAGGUUCAAGUGGGCUGGGCGGCUCACCAAGUAGCGGACGUGGGCACUGUCACUGAGCAGCGGGACCAUAUGGAGGCGCAGCUCAAUGCUCUCAAAGCUGUCUUCAAGAAUCAUCCUGAGAUGGCAGGCCUUCCGAAUGAGAUGCCUUGGCGCCCGAACUACCGCGCAUGUCUGCCAGAGGAGCAGGCUGAGAUCCUCGCUGGCAGAGACGAUCUUGUAGGGCGCGACAAUGAUAGGAAGGAGAUCGAUCAGUCCACUGCAGCCUACAUGGCGUACUCCCUCGUCCGCGCCCAAUACCUGAACACCGAGCCCUGUGAUGCCACGAUCGCGCAAGAGAACGCGUAUACCCACCCGGAGGAGUAUGAGACGGCAGCGGAAAAGCGGAAGAGAGAAGAGCAAGAGAGUGUUGCAAGAGCGCUGGAAGAGCAGAUGCAACAGAAGCUGCCGCCGAAGCCGAAAUGGGAUGGUCCAGCCGCGCCACCACCGAUUGUGCAAGGCAACCCAAUGGAGUGGGCUGCUCUUGUACCAGUGCUGCCUGAUGGUGGAAAGGCGUUCGAGAGUGACAGCGAGGGUACUAGUGCAAGCUAUGCAACUGCUGGUGAGGAGUCCGCUGAGACGCCGGCUGUGGCUAAUGGACAGGCUGGGGAGUUGAAGGAGAGAAUUGGUCAAGCCCUUGAGGAUGAGGACUGGGUCACGGACUCCGACUCCGAUGAUGAGGAGGACACUGUCAUUGGAGUACACGUCGAAGAUACGUUCACGACAUGA